UGGGUGUCCUGGUUCACUGUGAAACUGAUUCCUCUCCUUCCCAGCUUGACUGCAGAAAUGCUCCAGACAGCAACAUUAAACACCGACUGCAAUGAAUACCACGUCAUCAUUGGGGCUUUGAGCAGCAUCUUUGACCAGAUGACUUUGUUGAGACAGCAGGAGCUCGCCCUAGUCCUGGUGGGCUACCAGAAAUUGAAUAAUGAAACAGCUUGCCAAGGGGAUUCCACAGUUGAUUCUUCAUGGAUAUCUCUCAACUUUGGUCCUUUUUCCAGACACAUCACAUAUACUAUUUUAAAGGAGAUGAAAAUCAAUGUGAUGACAGUUCUAAAUUCCCUCCCAGCAACAAUGAAAGCAGAAUUAAUAUUUGAUCCAUCUAUUGGUGUACUUCAGAAUGAGACGCUUAUGAGGAUGGUUUUGUCCUCUAUUCUGAUAUCUCCAGAUGAUGGGCAGCUUGAACAGUUCUUUACAGCUUUUACUUACAUCACGACAAAGAGAAAUAUCACAAUGAUUGAAAACACAGCUGUCAGAGACACAAUGCUGAACCUAACUUUGAUGGCUCUUGCUACCAGAUUCCCCCUCUUCCAAUCCAGUGACUAUAUGUUGUGGUUCCAAAUAAAUCUUGUUGUACUACUGGCCAGUUUUCGUCCAUCAUAUUUGGUGGUUAUCCCCACAAACCUCAGCUGUGACUCUUACGAUGCAAUAUUAAAAGGCUUAGAAAAGGCUUUGGCAAUUGUACCAUCUGAACUUCUAGAGGACUUGAAGACAAGCAAAGAAAUUCUUAUUCUUUCACUACCAAAAGGUUGUCCUCAGAAAAAUACUCCAUUACCAAUAGGCUCUAAAUAUGUCACUACUGCAACUACAUCUUCAAUGUCAACCACUCAACUAUCAACUAAGGCCUCCACAGGUCCAGCAGUGCCAGGCGAAGUAUUUGUUAUUCUGCAGAUCCGUUUGCACAUACAGUAUAUUGAUGCUUACAGUAAUCCUGCUUCAUUGGAGUAUCAGACUCUAUCCAGAAACAUCACAAUGGAGCUGAAUCACUUCUACUGGAAAUUGUAUGAGCCACACUUUCUCAGAUGCUACUUGCUGAGAUUCUGGCCUGGGUCUGUGGGUGUGGAUGUGCAACUUAUUUUUAAAAGUGACACUGUGCUUCCAAAUAAAGAAAGCAUUGAAGACAAUCUUAAGUCAGCAAUUGUUGAAUCAAAAGUGUUUCUUGACAUUAUUCCUUCCAGUGUCGUUGUUGUGAAUCAAGAUGGCUCAAGUUUGACAACCAGACAAACCCAGUCAUCACAAAAUGUUCUGAUUAUGCAAACAUCAUCUGCUGCAGCACCAGUUCUUUCUAGUGUUGUACCCACUAGCACACCUACUGAUCUUUCAAGCACAGCUCCUCCUAAUUAUGUUUCAAUCACUGUAGUUCCUGAUCCUUCAACCAUAAUAGUUCCUACAGAUCUUUCAGACACUUCUGUUGCUACUGGUCCAUCAGUCACAGCUGGUUCAUUAAACACAACAGGUGACACUCAUCUGUCAGCUACUUUGUCUUCUAAUAGUUCCAUACUGUCUGCAGUUCCUGCUCAGAAAUCAAGCACAACUGCUCCUCUUAGAACAUUAAGCACAGCAGAUUCUGCUCAUUUAUCACACACUGCUCCCUAUGGCCAUUCAAGCACAGGGGAUCCUACCAGUCAUUCAAACACAACUGCUCUAACUGAUCCCUCAAUCACUGCAGUUUUAACUAAUCAAACAAGCCCAACUGUUGGAUCAAGUACUACAGUUCAUGUUGAGGGACCAAGCACAACUGUUCAUACAGGAACCUCGACCACUGCAGUUCCUGCUGAUCUGUCAAGCACACUAUCACCUACUGGUUUAACAGACACUGCAGUUGCUACUGGUCCAUCAGUCACAGCUGGUUCAUUAAACACAACAGGUGACACUCAUCUGUCAGCUACUUUGUCUCCUAAUGUUCCCAUACUCUCUGCAGUUCCUACUCAGAAAUCAAGCAUAACUGCUCCUUCUGGAACAUUAAGCACAGCAGUUCCUGCUCAUUUAUCACACACUGCUCCCUAUGGCCAUUCAAGCACAGAGGAUCCUACCAAUCAUUCAAACACAACUGCUCUUACUGAUCCCUCAAUCACUGCAGUUUUUACUAAUCAAACAAGCCCAACUAUUGGAUCAAGUACUACAGUUCAUGUUGAGGGACCAAGCACAACUGUUCAUACAGGAACCUCGACCACUGCAGUUCCUGCUGAUCUGUCAAGCACACUAUCAACUACUGGUUUAACAGACACUGCAGUUGCUACUCGUCCAUCAGUCACAGCUGGUUCAUUAAACACAACAGGUGACACUCAUCUGUCAGCUACUUUGUCUUCUAAUAGUUCCAUACUGUCUGCAGUUCCUGCUCAGAAUUCAAGCACAACUGCUCCUCUUAGAACAUUAAGCACAGCAGAUACUGCUCAUUUAUCACACACUGCUCCCUAUGGCCAUUCAAGCACAGGGGAUCCUACCAGUCAUUCAAACACAACUGCUCUAACUGAUCCCUCAAUCACUGCAGUUUUAACUAAUCAAACAAGCCCAACUGUUGGAUCAAGUACUACAGUUCAUGUUGAGGGACCAAGCACAACUGUUCAUACAGGAACCUCGACCACUGCAGUUCCUGCUGAUCUGUCAAGCACACUAUCACCUACUGGUUUAACAGACACUGCAGUUGCUACUCGUCCAUCAGUCACAGCUGGUUCAUUAAACACAACAGGUGACACUCAUCUGUCAGCUACUUUGUCUUCUAAUAGUUCCAUACUGUCUGCAGUUCCUGCUCAGAAAUCAAGCACAACUGCUCCUCUUAGAACAUUAAGCACAGCAGAUCCUGCUCAUUUAUCACACACUGCUCCCUAUGGCCAUUCAAGCACAGGGGAUCCUACCAAUCAUUCAAACACAACUGCUCUUACUGAUCCCUCAAUCACUGCAGUUUUAACUAAUCAAACAAGCCCAACUGUUGGAUCAAGUACUACAGUUCAUAUUGAGCGACCAAGCACAACUGUUCUUACCGGAACCUUGACCACUACAGUUCCUACUGAUGUGUCAAGCACAACUGCUUCUACUGGUCCCAUCGCAACUACAGAUAUGUCAUAUUCAUCAAAGGCAUCUGUUCCUGUUGGUUCCACAGCUGCUGCAGUUCCUACUGAUCAAUCACACUCAGUCGUUCCUUCUGGUACCUCAACUACUGAAGUCCUUGCACAUCUUUCAAGAACAACUCUUCAUAGUAAUGUUUCAAACAAUGCAAUUCCCACUGAUAGACAAAGCACAACUAUUCAUACCAAAACCUCAGCCACUGUAGUUCCUGCUGAUCUGUCAAGCACAAUAUCACCUACUGGUUUUACAGACACUGCAGUCGCUACUGGCCCAUCAGACUCAGUUUCCCCUGGUCCUUCAAACAGUGCAGUUUCUGCCAGUCUAUCAAACACAACUACUUCUAAUUAUUUUUCAAGCAAUGUGGUCCCUACAGAUCAACCAAGCACAACUGUUCAUACUGGAACCUCAAACACUGCAGUUCCUAUUGAAUUGUCAAUCACAACUGCUCCUAUUGCCUCUUUCAUCACUAAAGGUCCUACCAAUCAAUCAGCUGAUCCUCCUGGUCCCUUUACCAGUGAAGUACCUACUGAUUUAACAGUCACAACUGUUUCCUCAAUCACAGCAGAUCAUACUGAUCUAUCAAGCACUACUUUUCCUAUUAGUCCCACCCCCCCCACAGUACCUACUAAUCAGUCAAUCACAACUAUUCCUCUAGGCCUUUCAAACAGUGCUGCUCUUCCCAGUCUAUUAACCACAAUAGUUCCUACUGAUCUGUCAAACAGAACUGUUCCUAAUGACCAUUCAAGUAUCUCAGGUCAUACUGAACAUUUAAGCAUGACUAUUCCUAUUGGUCCCUCAACUACUACAGUUCCCACUAAUCAUUCAAACACAACUGUUCAGCCAGGCUAUUCCACCUCUACAGUGACAACAUAUCCCUCAAGCACAAUUAUUCUGCUUGAUAAGAUCAACACCACUGUCUCUACUAAUCUGUCAAGCAAAGUAAUUUCUAAUCCUUAUACAAAUACUACAAUUUCAACAAAUACAUCAAUCACAACUGCUCCAGAUGGCCAUUCAAACAAUGCAGUUCAUACAGUUUUAUCAAACACAACUAUUUCUGCUGGAAUGUCAAGUAGUGUACAUCAUAAAGAUGUAUCAAACACAACUGUUCUUUCUAGUCCAUCUGGCACUACAUUGUCCAUAUCCAGUGCAGCUGGUAAUCAUAUCACUACAUCUGUAAUAUUUUCAAACUCAACACACUCUAAAGUUGUCACCACCUCAACCACAUCUUCACUGCGAACCACUCAUCUAUCAACUAAAGCCUCAACGGGUUCAGCAGUAGCAGGCGAGGGAUUUGUUAUUCUGCAGAUCCGUUUACAGAGACAAUACAUUGAUGCUUACAAUAAUCCUGCUUCUAUGGAGUACCAGAUUCUGUCCAAAAACAUCACUAUUGAGCUCAAUCGAAUCUACCGGGAAAUUUAUGGGACCCGCUUCCUCAGAUGCUACGUGAUAAGAUUAUGGCCUGGGUCAGUGGGUGUGGAUACAGAACUUAUUUUUAAAAACCAGUCUGUGCUUCCAAAUGCAACAAGCAUUGAAGAAUCUCUAAAGACAGCAAUUGCUGAAUCAAAAGUGUUCAUUGGUGUGAUUCCUUCCAGUAUUACUGUUGUGGAACAGCAAGAUUCAACUUCAACCACCAGCCAAACUCAGACAUCACAAAGUGUUCCUAUAAUGCAAACAUCAUCAGCUGUUGCACCGGUUCUGUCUAGUAUGCUGUUCAUGCUACUGCUUCUGCUAUGGAAUGAAACACUGUAAUUCUGCAAAGCUUUACUCCAUGUGUCACAUUCAAAUCUACAAUUAAUAUUGUGACAACUCUAUUAUCUUAUUUUGUGAUACAUUACUCCUGGUUUUAUGUAAUGAAAAUUGUGAUUAACCUGAUACAUUCAAUAAUUAUUCUUCAGGCAUUUCUUGGGUAUUUCAGCACCUAUA